AAACAAUAAUAAUAAUAAGUCAGAAAUUUUAUUUUAUAUGGCAUUUAAUAAAGUAUAUUCAUUAAAUUCUUGUAUACAACUAAAUGUGCUAGUGUAAAGUACAAUACAAUGUGCUAAAGUUUCUUGUGCAAUUUGACAGAUUUUGACGUUUGAUAAUUAUUGAGGUCGUUCAUUAGGCUUUGCUAAGGACCAGAACAGCAGAUAAAUGAUAUUUCACCUGAUAACAACUACUUGAUAUUGCAGAAACAUAUAUAUACUUUGUUAUCAAAAAAGUGACAUUGUUGUUCUACAAGGCUCGUUCUAUUGAAGAUGUCAAUAUUUACACGGAGAUGAAAUCAGAAAUUUGAAUUAAAAGGCGCUAAAUUAUUUGUUUCGAGGUAAUAAUGUAUAUUGGAUAAUUGAAAUAAAGGAGAAUCAAAUAUAAAAUGGAAGAAGCUGAGAGCAUAAUUUCACUUGCAAGAAUUUGCAGAGCUUGUUUAAAUGAACGUACACAAAUGAAACCUUUAUUUGAUGCUCGAUUAGCUGAAAUGAUGAUGGCUUGUGCUAAUAUUGUGUUAAAUGAAGGCGAUGGUCUCCCAGCACAGCUUUGUGUUCAAUGUGUAACCGCAGUCAGUCGAGCAUUCUAUUUUAAAGAGCUCUGCGAAAGAAAUGAUGCUACUUUGAGACAAUUAGUACUUUUGCAUCAACCGACACAAACUUAUGAAGAACCGUUGAAAUAUGAACUGCUGAAUGUUAUUGUUGAAUAUCCAACAGAACUCACAGACACAAUGGGUGGUAAUUUAAUUCUACACACCGAAAAGUUGCCUCAAAUUCAAGACAUCGAACCCGAACCAGACCCCACAACAUUAUUCAUCGAAUCUUCUGCUCCCAGUCCCCUUGCACCAGAUUCUCUGAACGAUGAACAAAUGACCAAUGAUAAAUUAAUAGACCUGCAAGAAAUAAUUAUGAGUCCAGGAAUUGACUAUAUAUCAGGUGUAGAUCAAUCGGUUGCCGUCUCGAUUGGAAAUGCAGAAAAUGUGACAUUAGAUAAUACAAAUGUGACGUUGGACAAUACGACUUUGGAAAAUGUUAUUUUAGAAAAUGCAUUGUCGGAAAACGUCGUACAUGAGAAUAUUGUUAUGGAAAAUAAAAUAGAUGCAAGGAAAAGUGAUAGUGCAGUAUCGAAAAACACGAAUGAAUUUGUUACUUGUGAGGAAUGUGGAAAACAAUUGAAAGGUCCAAAAGUGCUAGCCAGACACAUGAAAACCCAUCUAGCUAUUAAACCUUAUGUGUGUGAAAUUUGUAGUAAAGGUUUUCCAGAAUCUGGUAGUCUGGUCAAGCAUAUGAGGAGGCAUAAAGGCGAGAAGCCUUACAUGUGUAACACUUGUGGCAAACGAUUUUACGAAAGCAAUGUUCUCAGAAUCCAUAUGCGUACUCAUACAGGUGAGAAGCCAUUCAGUUGCAACGAAUGUGGGAAAUGUUUUGCUCAAACUGGACAAUUGGAAAUACAUAAAAAGAUACAUCUUAGCGAGAAAACUAAUAUAUGCGAAGUUUGCCAUAAAGAUUUUAGAUUGCCUUGGCAAUUGAAAAUUCAUAUGAGGGUGCAUACUGCCGAGAAGCCUUACGCUUGUACAUAUUGUGAUAAAAAAUUUGCCCAAGGUGGAAAUCUCACUAUUCAUUUAAGAACCCACACUGGCGAGAGGCCUUACAUUUGCACAGUUUGUGGAAAGGGGCAUGCCAGUAGCGGAGAACUACAAGCUCAUAAUCGCAAACAUACAGGUGAAAAGCCGAAAAUGAGAGCAACAUGCAAUAUUUGUGGUAAACAAUGUCCUAACAAUAGCGAGAUGAGAGUCCAUAUGAGAUCUCAUACUGGAGAAAGGCCACAUUUUUGCAACAUCUGCAAUAAAGGUUUUGUGUUAUCGUCUCAUUUAAUAGUGCAUAUGAGAUCUCAUACAGGCGAACGACCUUAUGUUUGCGUCCUCUGCUCUAAAGGCUUUGCGAGUUCCUCGGUUCUUAAGAAACACAAUUAUGUUCAUACUGGUGAAAAACCUUAUGAAUGUAAGGUAUGUGGAAAAAGGUUCACACAACCUGGAGCUCGUACUGCACACGUUAAGGCUGUCCAUGAAAAAGUAAAAGCUGUUACUACUUAAACGAAAAUCAUAAAUUAACCAAAAUAUUUAAUUUGGUAUAAUAAUAUAGCUCUACUUAUUAAGUACUGUAGAAGUUAAAGUUAAUUAAAUCUUAACUUUAGUGUUUCUGCGAACAGCUGACCAAUUAUAGCAUUUAGCAAUGACAUUGUCAAUUUUAAUGAUUUUGAAAAUUAUA